GUAAAAGAAUAAUGGGCACUACGCAGCAUAAGCAGCUUUGCGCUUUCCAGCACACAAAGAAAUAUAUCUAUUGCUGUACUAACAAUAGCAAACACGUGCUUUUAACUUUCUAUACAUCAAACUUUUCUUUUUUCGCAUAACUCAUACAGUAUAAUGGCUUUGAACAACUCUGUAUCAACUUUACCAACGAGAAAUUGCAGCAGUUCUUCAACCAUCACAUGUUUGUACUGGAACAAGAGGAAUACAAACGUGAGGGAAUCGACUGGACGUUUAUUGAUUUCGGUUUGGAUUUACAAGCUUGUAUUGAGCUGAUAGAAAAGCCAAUGGGUGUGCUUUCAAUUCUGGAAGAAGAAUCUAUGUUCCCCAAAGCCACCGAUAAAACUUUUGAAGAAAAAUUAAAAACUAAUCACCUUGGAAAAUCUCCAAAUUUCGUAAAGCCAAAACCACCGAAACCUGGACAAGUAGAUGCUCAUUUUGCCAUAGUUCAUUAUGCAGGAACUGUUCCCUACAACUUGACAAACUGGUUAGAGAAGAAUAAAGAUCCACUGAAUGAUACUGUUGUCGAUCAGUUCAAACAUGCAUCUAACAAAUUAUUAAUUAGCAUCUUUGAAGAUCAUCCAGGUCUUGGAUCUGAUGAUCCAAAGAAAGGAGGAGGAGGAAGAAAGAAGGGUUCUGGAUUUCAAACAGUGUCUGCAUUGUACAGGGAACAAUUGAACAAGUUAAUGACCACUCUGAGAAGUACAUCACCCCAUUUCGUCAGGUGUAUCAUUCCGAAUGAAACUAAAUCGCCAGGUAAGGAGGUUUGGAUGAAAAGAUGUGUUUGUACAUACGUUUUUCUAUUUAUUUUAUUUUAUUUUCUUACAAUAACACUAAUUUUAUUAUUAUUAUUACUUUAAAUUCCCUUUCUCCUA